UGAUGUUUUAUUUAAAUCAUGAUAGUCUGAAAUAAUAUUUUUCUCCAUACCUACAAUAACCAUCCAUGUAACAUCUACGUAAAUGUAUACCUUCUUAAAAUUGUAAUAGCUGGACUUUUUGAUAUUUGUUUAAAGGAUGCGCCUUUAAAAGAGCAUAACUAAAAACUUCACAGUAUUUAAAAUGGCGGAUACCGUUAAAACUGAUAGUGUGGGAGGCAGAAAGCCGAAGAAGCCUCUGAUUGUCCAGUUCGCAAGAAGCAUGGACAGUGGAACCUCUUCUCUCAUAGCUAGUGACGAUUUAGUGGACGAUGUCGACUUUGGAAGUUCCGUGGCCAAGGGUGAGCUACAUCUUGACAUGAUAGCGGACCGAUUCUCCACGCUAAACGAGGUCACAACGGCCCUCAAAAAGAUCGGCAUGGAUGACUGUGGGCUCAUAUUUGGUAUCGACUACACAUUGAGUAACAAGAUACAGGGUGAGAAGACCUUUCACGGGCUUAGUCUGCACGACACAACCAGCCAGAAAAACAACCCAUACCAGGAGGUCAUAUGUAUACUGGGGGAAACCCUUGAACCUCUUGAUGAUGACGGUAUAAUCCCAGCGUACGGUUUUGGUGACAGAAAAGUAAAAGACAAGGGCGUAUUUCCGUUAAAGGCUGAGGGCGAGUGUGACGGAUUUCUCGAUGUUCUGGACGUGUAUAAUGAGAUAACGCCCACGAUAAAACUGGGAGGACCAACCAACUUUGCACCACUCAUUGAUGAAGCGAUCAGAAUCGUCAAGGAAACGAAACAGUACCACAUCUUAGUGAUAGUCGCGGACGGUCAGGUCACAAAUGAGGACGAUACUAUCCGGGCCAUCACAGAGGCCUCCGAGCUUCCCCUGUCCAUCAUCGUCAUAGGGGUAGGUGACGGCCCCUGGGACGUUAUGGAGGACUUUGAUGACAAGCUACCGAAGCGGAAGUUUGACAACUUUCAGUUUGUUGACUUCCAUCAGGUGAAGUCGAAUGCAAGAAACCCCCAAGCGGCCGUGGCGCUAGCCGCCCUCAUGGAAAUUCCGGACCAGUUUAUGUUCAUUAAGGAAAACAAACUCGUCGAAAAGCUUAAGUGAAAGAAAGAAUUGUAUGACAGUUAAAUUGGUUGUGACAUAUUCAUGUUUUACUGAAUGAUUAUGAUGGACUAAAUCUUGUGUGUACAGGCAGGAUAUCAGUUCGAGAUUAAACAAUCCAGGCCCUAUGAAGCAGGGAACCAUAGUGAUGUUAAUGCUUUCAGUGCCAUUUAAAAUCCAUUUCAACAAUCGUGAACAUUUAGUUCGAGUUUGAACGAUCCAUGCCAUGCACGUAGGAAACCAUAGUGAUUGAUAAUGUGCUCAGUGCCUUUUAAAAAAUCGAUUUCAACAAUCAUGAACAUUAGGUUCGAGAAUGAACGAUCAAGGCCCUUUGAGGCAGGGAACCAUAGUGGUUAUUCAUGUUUUCAGUGCCAUUUAAAAAUCAAUUUCAACAACCGUGAAGAUUUAGUUUCAGGCCCCUUAAAGCAGGGAACCCUAGUGAUUUUUGUCAGUGUCAUUAAAAAACAACAUUUCAAGGUUGUUCCUUUAACAUUAUAAAGCCUUUGCGUAGAAUUCGGUUAUCUCGAAUUUAUCCAUUUGUAUUUAAAGAAUGAAUUGCGGGGUUGAUGUCAUUAUCGGGGUAUGAACGCAAUUGGGCUGGUCUAAGUGUGUGGAGUCCAAAGGACUCCGCAUGUACUUUGACCAGCCCAAUUGCGUUCAUAUCCCCGAUAAUGACAUCAACCCCGCAAUUCAUUCCUUAUAUUUACACCAAUAGUUCAUUAUUUUAUGAUGACGUUAAAAAAUACUUCAUUUCAUUUCGGAUUACCUUUCAGUAAUCCUUUCUUACCCUUUCUUAUUCUGUAAAUGUGCAGCUACCUGAAAUUGAAAUGAUAAACGAUCAAUCCUGAAUUUUCAAUUACCUUGAUAUUGAAUAUUGUCUCGCACUUUCAUUUUGGUAUGCUAGAAGUUUCUUUUAUUAACAAGCUGGAUAUAUAUAAAUGAUACUUGUAUUUUUAAUCAAUAUAACAAGCAUACAUUUUGAGUGACAAGUCUUUAACUACGUACAAAAUAAUGCAUUAAUGGUAAAAUGAUAACAUGAUUGUCACCGUGUAUUUAAUAGCUUAGAACGCACAAAUAUUAAAUGACUGGUGAGUCCUAAACAAUUUACAGUAAUGAACUAUCUUCUCAUACGGUAGAGAUGUCGUGUUUUCUGCACCUUUCUUUCAAAUUAAACACGGUAUUCUCCAUAACAACCAUUGUUUUCGAUAUGUAUUUAUCCUUUUAGGUAAAUAAGAACAAUUGUAUUAAUUAUGGUACUCCUUAUCUGCGAGUAAGAGGGUAUCUGUAAAUGAGGCAGUUUUGAUCUGCAUGAAUUAGUAGACAUUAUACUAAAAAGUACAGUGAAAACUAUGUAUACCAUGUUUUCCUUACAUAGCAAAGAAAAGUCGGUUUGUCUUUAAGCGGUCAUAAAUAAUCAUUGAACUUAAGCCUUGUUGUCAAUGGCGUUGUGAUUAUAUUUUUAUUUGUAAUGAAUGAUUUUAUGUCGGAAUUGUUACGGAUGUAUUGUAAGUAACUUCACAUUUAUGUAAGGGUGUGUACUAUGCAGAGAUAAACAACAUAUCUUGUAAUAUUGAACGUUUCUUAAAAAUGUAUUUAAAAAAUUGUCUUUAUAUAAGAGACAUAUGGACGUAUUUAAAAACAAUGAACCUAUUCUUGUUUAAAUAUCGGAACAGGUCAAUACAGGCAACAAGCUCAGUUAGUUUCUUCUACAUGUUGAAAUCUGAUUUAUUUCGUUAAUUAUAACGACUAUCUUUGGCAAUUUGGUAGCCAGCGCGUGCCACAUAAUAAAGAAAUUUACGCAAUAACACAAAUGAAGAGCGCUUACCUUGUUAAAGAUCAAAAGAGAUACAUUGUGAAGCCAAAGUGGCCUCUGUUAACGUACUGUUGCAUAGGAAAUGGUUGUCUUCCAUCCAGUUCAUACAAACAUACAGCUUCAAUGUAUAUCUGUGACUGAUAAAGCAGUAAAUAUAACGCCGUCGGAAUGGUUAAGUAGUUACGAGGAUGGAUCGUCAAUCCAGCGAUUCAGGUUCGAUGCCGGCCUAAGGCAGCUCAUUCUGCGAAGCGAAUUGUCUUUGUUUAUUUCCUGAGUCUUUUCUGUUUAUGAUUUGUAUAUAUUUUGUAAAUAAAUAUCAAAUCUUG